AGGCGCUCCAUGCGCUCCACAAACCUUUCCAUGUUGCCAUCCAGUGCACGGACCAACCGCGCAUUUGGAACAGAACGCUCGCUCCGCACAGAUUCUUGUGCAGUUCGCGACAGCUGGCCUUUGAACUGACAUCAGAUAGUCCACCAAUCAAAGUUGCAAAUGGUGAAUUCACCAUUGAAUUGGAACCAGUAGUCCGAUACGAUUGUACAGGUAGCCUUCUUGAAAAGUGCGCAUUGUUCUUCAAGAUCUGCAAAGUUGCAGCUACAUCAGUGGUCCUCAGCUCCAGACAUGGGUGUGAAGGUGCUCCAGUGCUUCCCCUGGUACAGACGCUGUAAAGAGCGAUGCAAGGCUAAACAGUGCCCCUCACCUGCAGUCCCCAGUGAGGAGAUGAAGCCCCGCCUGUCGUCCACAGUGUCGUGUGGUAGCGAGGGCGAGAGCAGCAGCAGUCCGAGUGGCUCCCAGAUCUACUUCUCCACCAAGGCUCGCCUCUCGUUCAGACACCAGAUGGACAGCAACUUCAACGCAGUGGAUGCCACCUGCUGAAUAGAUCAUCCCCGACGUGCCGAGUAGUCUUCAUUAGGCAUCAAACGGAAGAAAAAGGACUGAAAUAGGGAGGGAAUACCUGGGCUUGUCCGAUAAGAAGCGCUUCCGUUGUGAAACAUUUUUGCUACGGUGUACCCUAAUGAAUACGACCCUGGUUUACAGUGCUGGGAAUGACACUUUAGUUUCUACUGAGGCAUCCCUCCUGUCAUCAUCACCAUUGCCCAAAAAUGAACGCUCGCCCCUCCACUAUGAUAUCCAUUAUUAUAGCUCAACAGAACAUAGAAUGUAAAGGACUGAGACUUGAUCUACUCAGUGGUACCUAUGUACUCGACGUUCGUUCUCAACUCCCCCUUCAGAAGUGACUGUAAAGGAUGGAUAUAUCACAGUAGAUUGAGUUCUUCACUAGAGAAAUGCAGAAUGCAUUGCUGGUGUGGCUAGUAGAGAUGGAAAAGUGUUUACUACAUCAUUACCAACCAAGUGCAUCAUUUUCCUUUUUUUGCAAAUUCUGCAAAUUCAAGUCUUUAAAAUACUAGCUAUUGAAUACAACAAGACAAUUUGGCACUCUCAACUUUAAAUACAGGUUUUUUUGUUCUUAUCCUAACACUAUCCUAAUUUGCUGAGAAAAGCAUGAUAACUAGAUUUUGAUUGGUUUGGCUGAUGAAGAUACUAAUGAGUUUGUGCCUUUUUACUUACCUCUUUUGAACAUUUCCUCAAUUAAAUUCAGUUUGGUGCUGGCUGUCUUCUUCUAGUGCCCUUUCCAACUGGCUGCUUGGAUUGCAUCUACACUUUAUUCAUAUCUAGAAAUGUUAACCGGCAGCUCCUCCAGCUCUUUACUUCUGAUGCCAUCUUAUGGGGAGCAUCAGUGAAUGGGGGAGAAAGUCAACAGAUUGUUCUGGAAGACAUUUCAACAGUGUUUUGGUGCUUUAGUUGGGUUCUACAACCCACCCUCUCUAAUAUUGAAAUCUUUUCCCUGCUUCACCUACUGGUUUAAGGAUAAUAAAUACUCAUCAUAUAUUUUUGUACAAAUUGUGAAAAUGAUUGUACGAGAACAUAGUAGCAUAUAUCUGGGGCUACGGUGGUACGUUUGGAAUGAAGAGAAAAAUGUGAUUCCUAAUUACUGUGAAGAAAAUAUUGAUACAUUUCCAAUGUCAAUGUUUUUCUUUUAAUCAAAGUAAAUGUAAAUCAAUCAAGAUUCCCAAACUAACCCGUCCUUACUUUGUAUACUGUAGUGCUGUUGUCAUGGAAAUGGACAAAAUGUACUAACAAAGUAAUACAAAAAAAGUAUAUACUGAAA